AUGGGCGCCGCGAUGCUCGAGCGCAACGCGUCUCGCGAGCGCAUGGACUUGAGCUCGAACUCCUCGGCUCACAUGGGCAGGGCGGCGGGGUUCGACGCGCCGGUGCUGGUGCUGCUGGCCGUCGUCAUGCUGCUGCUCAUCGGCGUGAUCGUGCUGGGGAACGCGCUCGUGAUCCUCGCCUUCAAAACCGACCGGAGCCUGAGGAGGCAGAGCAACUACUUUCUCCUCAACCUGGCCAUCUCGGACUUCCUCGUGGGGGCCUUUUGCAUCCCCGUGUAUUUGCCCUACAUCCUGACAGGCAAAUGGAUGCUGGGCCGAGGGCUGUGCAAGCUCUGGUUGGUGAUGGACUACCUCCUCUGCACCGCUUCCGUCUUCAACAUCGUCCUCAUCAGCUACGACCGUUUCCUCUCCGUCACCAGAGCGGUGUCAUACAGGGCAAGGCAAGGGAUGACCCGUAGUGCCCUCGCCAAGAUGGCUGCCGUCUGGGUUCUGGCUUUCCUCUUGUAUGGCCCGGCCAUCUUGCUGUGGGAGGAGGUGACGGGAGAGAGCCAUGUCCCUGAAGACGAGUGCUUCGCUGAGUUCUUCCACACCUGGUACUUCCUGCUGUCCGCCUCUACACUCGAGUUCUUUUUCCCCUUCCUCUCUGUGGCUUUCUUCAACCUCAGCAUAUACCGGAGCAUCCGUGAGAGGAGGCUCCGCUACCAACAGGACUCGUGCUUGCCCAAGGUCCGUAGCAUGACUUCCCCUAAGCGCGAGAGGCUCCGCUUGGCGUCCUACAUCUGCCGCAGCUCUGUCGUGAUGACGAAGAAGAAGCCGGAAACAGAAGUCGAUAAUUGUUCGUCGCCCGCAGGACGUACUGACACACGGAGCGUACGGAGUUCACAGUGUACGCGCCUGAAUCAGGACAAAAAGAUUGCAAAGUCGUUAGCUGUGAUUGUGUGCGUGUUUGCGGUGUGCUGGGCACCGUACACACUGCUGAUGAUUAUACGUGCUGCCUGCAGGGGGCACUGUGUCUCCCACCACUUGUACGAAGUGACUUUCUGGCUGCUGUGGCUCAACUCUGCCAUCAACCCGUUCCUGUAUCCUCUGUGCCACAGCAGCUUCCGCAGGGCUUUCACAAAGAUCCUGUGCCCCAAGCAGCGGACCACUGAGGCACCAUCAGAUAACGCCUCCAACAACCAGAGAUAGUCUAGCUCACUCCAAUAGUUUUCGACAGACAAUGUGUUUGUUGUUUGUGGUGGAUCAUGUACACUUAUGUAUGCUUCUGCAAGAGGGGAAGAA